CUGUGGAAAAGGCUGAAGCGGAAACGGAAGCUGUGAUCGGUCUCCGCAUCGUUCCUUUCGGGCCGGAGACAAAGAAGCGAGGCCUGAGGUCCGAUGUGAAGCCGAUCUAAUGUCAUCUGGUUGAAACUUUUAUCUACCAAAAUGUCAAAAAGGCCAUCUUAUGCCCCACCACCCACCCCAGCCCCCACAACCCAAAUGCCCAGCACACCGGGGUUUGUGGGAUACAAUCCAUACAGCCAUCUGGCCUACAACAACUACAGGCUGGGAGGGAACCCGGGCACCAACAGCCGGGCCACGGUAGGAGAAUCAACUAUUACGUCAUCCGGCAAACAACAGGAAGUGACCAGAAAUGGCUUUAGAGCAUCAUCGGGUAUCACAAUCCCCAAACCCCCAAAGCCUCCAGAUAAGCCACUCAUGCCCUACAUGAGGUACAGCAGGAAGGUCUGGGACCAAGUGAAGGCGUCCAACCCUGACUUGAAGUUAUGGGAAAUUGGGAAGAUCAUUGGAGGGAUGUGGCGUGACCUCACUGAUGAAGAGAAGCAAGAAUACUUAAAUGAAUAUGAAGCAGAAAAGAUAGAGUACAACGAAUCAAUGAAGGCCUAUCAUAAUUCACCCGCUUACCUUGCCUACAUCAAUGCCAAAAGCCGUGCUGAAGCUGCACUGGAGGAGGAAAGCCGGCAAAGGCAAUCCCGUAUGGAGAAGGGUGAACCUUAUAUGAGCAUCCAGCCUGCUGAGGAUCCAGAUGAUUACGAUGAUGGAUUUUCUAUGAAACAUACUGCUACUGCCCGUUUCCAGAGAAACCAUCGCUUAAUUAGUGAGAUCCUGAGUGAAAGUGUAGUCCCUGAUGUUAGAUCUGUGGUUACUACCGCAAGAAUGCAAGUCCUCAAACGCCAAGUCCAAUCAUUGAUGGUUCAUCAGCGUAAACUAGAAGCUGAACUCCUUCAGAUAGAAGAACGUCAUCAAGAGAAGAAGAGGAAGUUUUUGGAAAGCACAGAAUCCUUUAACAAUGAGCUUAAAAGGCUGUGCAGCCUGAAGGUAGAAGUGGACAUGGAGAAAAUUGCAGCGGAAAUUGCUCAGGCCGAGGAGCAAGCCCGCAAGCGGCAGGAAGAAAGGGAGAAAGAGGCUGCAGAGCAAGCAGAGCGCAGUCAGGCCAGCACGGGCCCCGAGGAGGAGCAAGUGGCCAGCAAGGCAGAGGAGAAAAAAGAAGAGGGAACUCCCCCCAUGGAAACAGAAGAACCUCCUCCAGAGGAAGCCAUUGAGAGUCAGCAGAAUGGCGAAGGGACAUCCACUCCUGAAGACAAGGAGAGUGGGCAAGAAGGUAUCGAAAGCAUGGCAGAGGAAGGAACAAGUGAUAGCAAUACUGGUUCAGAAAGCAAUAGUGCCCUAGCUGAAGAACCCCCAGCUGAUCCAGUAGCUCCAGAAGAUGGUGAAAAGAAAGAAUAAAAACAAAGCCACUUCUUUCUGUAUAGGUCUUCAUUUUUUAAAAGGAUUCAUGAGUUGUGGAAGAAUGAUCUGUAAACUGUCCUUGGUAUUGUUAAGUUGUUUGUAUGUUGUUUGUUGCAAAAUAAAUAUCAGGCAUUUUAUUUUUUUAAAUGUAUAUGAUGCCAUGACAAAAACACAACAGUUACACCACAAUGUGAUUUACAAGAACAGCAUCACACCUCUUAAGGAAACGAUUUAGCUUUAUGAUUGAUUCUGAGUUAUUUUCCUAUGUCUAAGCCUUUGAAAAGUUAUCUUGUUUUCAGUUAGAAGCUGACAGCUUAGUGUCUGAUCCUUGUGCAAGUUUUAGUAUUCCAAAUUUCAGCUUCUUUCAGAUCCGAUCAGUAUUAUUAUCUGUGAAAAACAGAGUUUAAAUAACUUUUCAAUUUUUUCACAAAAAAAGUGUCCGAUUUCUACUAGGCCCAAAACUAGUGGUGUAUGGAGCCACGCAGUUUAUUCAAAAACAAUUUUUCUUGCCUCUCCAGAAUACUUUUUUAAAAUACUCAUUUUAAACUCUAAUUUAAAAAAAAUACUGUGUGCAACUUUACAAAAAAAGGCAUUAAAAAUAAAUACAUAAAAAUCAUAGAAUGCCUUCUCAUUCUGAUAGUUCCCUGUUUUGGGAUCUGUAAAAGAACAGCUGCACUGUUGCAUAUGCUAAAGACCUUCAACACUAAAAGCAAACAUUGAUAAUAUGACAUUCCUGAUCUCUAUACUUUUGAACCCCAAAGGCUUUCAGCUGUCUCUUUCUUUCUUUCUUUCUUUCUUUCUUUCUUUCUCCCUUGCAGCAAUUCAGUUUCUUGUGCAAGCAUAGGAAACAGAACAUAGAUUCUCCCAAGGCACAUGACUCUUCAGGCCAUUCCUGUCAAAAAUGUGACUGCGUUCACUUUCAUUAUGUUCAGAGUAAUGUGGGAUUCUUCUUGGAAGGCUCUCUUCUGCUCCCCCAACAAUACGCUUUGAUCCCUUUGUUGACAAUGAUUUGAUGCAAGGGUGUGGUAGAACAUAGUCCCUGGCUUGGCCUAAAGCUUACCAAGCCUUUCUCCUCCCACAUCUGUACCAUGCAGCAAAAGCCUAAUGCAAUUUGCAUCAAAUAGUUCUCUGACAGUGCAAGCCCUGCAUAAUUUUUGCACCUUCAUGUAAGUUUCUUUUUAAGCAUAAGACAUCAAUGUUUUGCUGUAGCAUUGUGUUCCACAAACAUCUCAAGAGGAUUUUAAAAAUUAAAAAAUGGUAACUUUAACUGAAGAAGGCACUGGGUUUUGUAAAUAUUUCCUAAUCCGUUGUUGGUUUAUAGAUCUGUGGUGGCUUUUGUUUUGUUUUUUUUUGUUUUCACUCUUAUUCAAAAUGUUUUUUGAUAUAAUAAACCAGGACAUGUUUUAAGACACUGAAAUAACUGCAAUAGUCUGUACUUGUCUUGGACACGUUGGUUGUAAAGUGCUGCUUUCCUACAAAGAGAGAAGCCAGACUAGAGGGAUCCCAGUUUUUAAAAAACACAGAACUCCUUGCAAUUAACCAACAUUCAUUGGUGCCAGUCCAGUCUUGGGAGAUGAUGGCAGGGGAGACUAGAUUUAAAACACAUCCACUCAGUUCAGUAAGAAACUGCUGAGCCUCAUAGUUAUGACUGAGCCAGAACUAUUCACAAUAUUUGUGAAACAUUUUUGACAAUUUCAAACAAGUGCCUCCUUUUCUCCCUUUCUCUGUUUUGCACUUUUUUAAAAUUUGUACCUGUGGAAAAAAUCUUGUGUACAUUUCUAUCAUUUCCUCUCACUACUGUUCCCAACUUACCCUCUUUGCUCUUGAUGAUGCUGUCAGCCAAACUUGAGAG